AUGAGGCUGCGCAUGGAGCCGGCGGCGGCGGCGGCCGUGCCGGGCAACCUCUCCCGCGGCGGCGGCGGCGGCAAUGAGAGCGGCGGGGCGGCGGCGGCGGCGGCGGGGUGGUCUGCGGCGGCGCUGGCCUCGCAGGCGCUGGCGCUGCUGCUCAUCUUCGCCCUCUCGGCGCUGGGCAACGGGGCGGUGGUGCUGGUGAUCGCCCGGCACCGGCAGCUCCGCACGGUCACCAACGCCUUCGUGCUGUCGCUGUCGCUGUCGGAGCUGCUGGGUGCCCUGCUCUGCCUGCCCCUGGCCUUCGUCAGCCUGCUCAGCCGCCCGCCCGGCGCCUGGCUCUUCGGGCAGCGCCUUUGCCUGGCCAGCGCCGCCCUCCACGCCGGGCUGGGCAUCGCCGCCACCCUCACCAUGGCCCUCCUCUCCUUCGACCGCUACUGCGCCAUCGUCCGCCAGCCCCGACACAAGAUGGGCCGCCGCCGCGCUGCCCAGCUCCUGGCUGCCGUCUGGCUGGCCGCCCUGGCUCUGGCCGGACCCUGGUACGGGCUGGCGGGCGAGGGGCGGCAGGAGGCCCAGCCCGGGGCCUACCGCUGCGUCUAUGUGCUGCCCUGGGGCUCCUCCCGGCUGGGGCCACCCUACGGCGCGGCCCUCAUCGUGCUCUGCUACCUCCUGCCCUUCGCCCUCAUGUGCUUCUGCCACUACAACAUCUGCCGGGCCGUGCGGCUGGCCGAGAGCCGCGUGCGGCCCCUCACCACCUACGGGCACCUGCUGCGGGCCUACGGGGAGAUGCGCACGGCCACCACUGUCCUCAUCAUGAUCGUCUCCAUCAUCUGCUGCUGGGGGCCCUACUGCAUCCUGGGGCUGGCUGCUGCCGCCGGCCGUCUGCCCUUCUCACCCACCAUGGACGCCGUAGCCAGCGGGAUGGCCUGGGCCAACGGUGCCAUCAACCCCCUCAUCUAUGCCGCCCGCAACCCCAACAUCUCUGUGCUGCUGCGGCGCAGCCGUGAGGGCGGCUACAGGACUAGGAACAACGUGACGGCGUACCUCUCGGUCCCGGGCCGCCAGCCAGAGCCCCGGAGCCGGGCUGACCGCAUCCGGGAGCGCUACGUCAACCGGCACAGUGGCCCCCCGGGCAGCGCCCCAUCCUCCUCCAGCCCGGCGAGUGGGGGAGAGGUGGCCAUGUGGGCCUGCAAGAACCCCGCUGUACUCUUCUGUCGGGAUGGGCAACCAGACACCAUCUCUGAGGCUGCCUUGCAGGCCAAAGCGGACACAGUCGACACUAGCCUCUGA